ACAGUUAGUUCACUCUUAGUAAGCAUGUUUCCCUUGACAAGAGUGCAAGUAGCCUCUCGAGCGGUUCUCAGGUUGUUCCACCUUAUUUUAGUGACUUUUUCUUUGAGAUCCAGUAGACUGCCUCGCUGGAUCCGUUGGUUACGCUUCUUGUUCUGGACAUGGUGGUUCAUUGCGAUCUGGACACAAAGCUUGAUUUUUGCUCAAACGAUUGACUGCAAUCUGGACUGCAUUCUGCGUCACUUGCUCACAUUUUUCCAGACUCUCUCGCAUGCUUUUUUUGUGGUUGUAAACUUUCAUCUCGGGUUCAGAGUGGAACAAGACCAAAUGGAGGAGGUGGUUAUAUGUGAGACCUCGGAUCCCUGGCUGGCCUUCACUGUGCUGGCAAUGAUACUGCCCAUUCUGGGAGUCGAGUAUUUGGUGUAUUCGAAUGCGUCUGAAAACGCCUAUCGGAUCUUGAUUUAUCAUCUGAAAACGAGCCCAAGUCACGUGGCUCUGCAGAUGCAGUUUAUCUCCUUCAUUCUGGAGGUCAUGAAGGUGAAUAUCAGGGUUCGCCAGGCCAAACAGCAACUUCAGUUGCUGGCCAGGGAGCUAUCCAGUCGUUGGCCACAAUGUAAACAAAGGCCGGAGUAUUUCGACCAGCAGUCCUAUCGAAUAAAAGACCUUAAACGGCGCUAUAAUGAAAUCUACAAUCUCUUCGAUCGGAUCAAUGAUUUUUUUGGAGCAAGUCUGCUCAUCAUCAUCAUUGUUUUCUUUGCUUUGUUUGUGUGCAAUUCAUAUUGGCUGUUUGUGGAUGUGAGAACUAAUCCCUUGAGGAUCUAUGUCAUUCUCCUCAAUCUGGGAUUUAUUUUCAAUGUGGCUCUGCAGAUGUCGACUGCUUGCUGGCACUGUCAACAAAGUGAUAACUUAGGUCGCCAGAUCGGUUGCCUUAUUUCAAAGUUGGUAAAGCCCCAGGGCAGCAAGCGAUAUAAUGAUUUGGUGAGUGAGUUUUCUCUGCAGACCCUACAUCAACGUUUUGUGGUCACUGCCAAGGAUUUCUUCAGUCUUAAUUUGCGUCUUCUCAGCAGCAUGUUUGCAGCUGUGGUCACUUACCUGGUCAUUCUCAUACAGUUCAUGUUUGCUGAGAGGAGUUCUAGGGGCUAAUUUUGGAUGACAACAUAAAGUGCUUUACAUUUAAAGGGGUUUUUCA